CAGGUAGUUCUUUAUAGCAGUGCGAGAACAGACUAGUACCGUCACUAUUGAUGAGAAUGUUGAGCUAUAGGUACACUCAUACAUUACGGUGGAAGCGAAAAUUGGCUCAAACCACUUGGGAAAACAUGGCAUUAUCUAGUAAAUUUCGAGAUAUGUAUUGCCUGUGAUACAACAAUUCCAAAAAGAAACUUGGACAUGUGCUUCAAGAGACCUGUACAAGUAUGUUCAUAGCCAAGGGAUGGAAACUAUCCAAAUGCCUGCCCAUCAUCAGCAGAAUGGAUAAAUUAGAGGACUAUGAAACUCUGCCGUAAUGUAAUAGGUAGUUUCCAAGAACUCCAAUCACAUACAAUGCGAAACUGUGUUACUGUGGGGUUAAUGAAGUGAACGAGGCAAGCCUACUGGACCAUCCAAAUCUGUCCUGAUCCCGGCUGGAGUUUGAUGCCAUCUAGUGGCAGAUGUUGCUCUGGCUGAAAUAUUGAUGGAGGAGAUUUCCGGCCCAGUGGCUGACUGAGACUUCCAGGACGGUGGCAGUAUCCCCGGGAAUCUCUCAAUCAGUUAGGACUUCCUUUCUUGACUUGAUCUGGUGAUAAUAGGUCAGGAAAAUAAUGGGGACCAGGAGACCCUCCCUCUGUCUUCCUGCUUCCUAAGACAGGGUCACGUGUACUUUACUCUCCCUUCCCUGACCUGUUGAAGGUAAGAACUUUAGCCUGCCUCUGUCUGAGAAUGGGGACUGAGCAGAGGAUGACAGGAAGGAUGGCAAUCACUAAGUGGGUUAUGUCUCAUUUUCAGCUAUUCCAGGUGUAAUUGUGUUAUCAAGUAGUGUUCUCUGGUUUUUAAAAUCCGUCAUUUAAUGAAAUAUAUGCAAUGAAAUACAGUAGUGAAAACAAUGAACUGGAGGUACACGCAAGAGCUUGGGCGAAUUUUUCUUUCCUGUAAGUAAAAACAUUUUUAACUGAUGUAUGAUAACUCCACAUAUUUAUGGAGUAUAUGUGAUAUUUUGAUACAUGCAGACGCACACACUAUGUAAUGAUCAAGUCGGGAUAUUUAGGAUAUCCUCCACCACCUCAAGCAUUUAUCAUUUCUUUUUUGGGGGAACAUUUCCUAUCUUUUAGCUAUUUUGAAAUAUACAAUAAAUAGUCCCUCUACAGUGCUAUCAAACACUAGAACUUACUCCUUCUAUCCAACUAUAUGUUUGUCCCCAGUAACCUCCCCACCCUCCCCACCUUUCCCAGUCUCUGGUAACCAUUAUUCUGCUCUACCUCCAAAAGAUCAAAUUUUUUAGUCUCCCCGUGAGUGUCAAUAUGCUUUUCCCAGGUGCAGAGGCUGCUGAUUCCUGGAUUUGGACGGUGGGGGAGAGUGGUUUGGAUUGCAGUACCUCCCCCUUCCUCAGGGCUAGACCCUGUCCGGUCACCUCCUGUUGCCACAGGUGUGCCUGGCACAGACAUCCAGCUCCCAGGGCCAUGCCGCCCUCACCCCUGCAUGCCUCUAGAGGUACCUGUCCCGUGGAUUUGACCCCCCUUCCGGACACACAAGUAGAUCAGCACCCGGCAGACACAGGGUCACCUCCCAGCUCCCCACCAGGUAAGAGCGACCAGGACAGGGACUGAUACUGCCGAAUCCAGGAGCCAGGCCCAGCCCAGCCUCAGGUCCAGCAGGUCCCGCCUGUCCACCUGCGCCGGGCCUAGAGCCCGGGAGCCCCUGGCUGGUGGGAGGCCACCCGCAACCCACCCCACACGCAGCUCCAGCUCCCCCACCAGGCGGGGCGACUAGGACAGGGACAGAGCCUGUUGAACCCAGGAGUGAGACCUGGCCCUGGGUCCUGCUGGGCCCUCCCGUCCACCUUGGGUGGACCUGGCACAUGGGAGACCUUGGCUGGCAGGAGGUCACUCCCACCUGACAUGCGAUUCCAGCUACCCCACCUGGCUGGGCGACCGGGACAGGGACGGAGGCUGCUGAACCCAGUUAGAGGCCUGGCCCCGGGGUCUGUCCUGGACGCUCCCCCAAGGACAGGCAGGAUAGGCAGGGUCCGGGACGACGGCCGCACAGCCCCGGCCCUGUGUUCCCAGGCCCGCCUUGCUCCUCGAUGUGAGGAAGACCAGGGAGACGGGACAGGCUGGGCCCCGCGGUACCGGACUACCUGCAGGGCUCCCGGGACAGGGGCCUGGUGGACCGCCGGCUGCUCAGGGGUGACGGGUCCAAGCUGGCAUGGCGGCCACCUUCCGGCCCGGGCUCUCUUGGGGCGGGGCAGGGUUGGCGAGAACCAGUCAUGUGCUCCGGGGCUCGCUCAGGGUCUCCCAGGGCCGGAAGUAGGGCCCCUGUGCGCAGGCGCCCUGAGGAUCCCGGGCUGCCCCUCGCACGCCAGGGGGCGGAACUUCCUGCAGCCUCACUGCCUCCGCGUCCUCGUGGGCCCUGACUUUCUCUCUGAGCGCACCACAGAGGCUCAGGAGCCAUGCAGGCCGCAGGCCAGGGCACAGGGGGCGCGGCGGGCGAUGCUGAUGGCCCAGGGGGCUAUGCUGGCGGCCCAGGAGAGGCGGGUGCUGCGAGCGGCGGAGGUACUCAGGGCAUCGCGGCAGCAAGGGCCUCAGGGCCAGGAAGGGUCUCAGGGCCAGGAGGAGGCGUCCCUCGUAGGCCACGUGGUGGCCCGGCUUCACGGCUGAAUGGAUGCUGCAGAUGCAGGACCAGGAGGCCGGACAGCCGCCUGCUUGAGUUCUACCUCACCAUGCCUUUCCCGACACCCAUGGAAGCAGAGCUGGCCCACAGGAGCCUGGCCCGGGAUGCCCCACCGCUCCCCAUGCCAGGGGUGCUUCUGAAGGAGUUCACCGUGUCUGGCAACAUACUGACUAUCCGACUGAUUGCUGCGGACCACCGCCAACUCCAGCUCUCCAUCAGCUCCUGUCUCCAGCAGCUUUCCCUGUUGAUGUGGAUUACGCAGUGCUUUCUGCCUGUGUUUUUGGCUCUGCUUCACUCAGGACAGAGGCGCUAAGCCCAGCCUGGUGCCCCUUCCCAGGCGUGCCUCCUCCCCUAGGGGAUGGUCCCUGCACCAGUGGCCACUUCAUUGUGGGGGCCUGAUUGUUUGUCGCUGGAGGAGGCCGGCUUACAUGUUUGUUUCUGUAGAAAAUAAAACUGAGCU